AUGUAUGAACCUCAUGAUCUUGAGGAGGAAUUAUCAAUUCAUGAAGAACAGAGAAUUGAGGAUCGAGAAAGCCAAGAACAAAUUGAUUCAUCGGAAACAAUUCAAAACGAGGAAACGAAUGAAGAGGAAGUUUCUCAUGUCAAUGAGGUGUUGUACACAAGCGAAAUGAAUCACAAUGAGGAAAAUGAAAUUGAGAUCGGGGAAGAGGAAACCAAUGAGCAUCAUCCUUACGAGGCACUUGACAAUAUUGAUGAAGAAUCAACCAAUAUUCAAACCAUGAUGAACGAUGGUAACUUUGAUGAAAAUGGGCUGAAAGUUGUUGAGGAAGAAUAUUCUGAGUUGAAUGAAACAAAAAAUGUGAAUGAAUCCAUCAACCAGUCCAUUUUGGAUGAAACAAACAUCCGUUCCAUCCAAGAAGCCAAAGAUGACGACAGCGCACUGGAUCUUCAUUGGGUGUUUGGUAUGAACAAGGACACACUUGGCGGAAUGCAUAAUUUAUGUGAUGAAACGAGAAAAGAGGUAUUCUACAUUGCCGGAAAUGUUGGAAUAAUUUAUAAAUAUGAAACAAAAGAGCAAAUUCUGCUGCAAGGACAUACCAAUAUGAUUACAUGUUCAUCAGUUAGCAUGGAUAAAAAGUGGAUUGUGACUGCUGACAGCGGAAAAGAAAACAUGAUUGUUGUGUGGGACAGUGUCAAAGGAAUUCCAGUUAAGACUAUUUUCGAUCCACACCCAGUAGGAAUUCAAUCGGUUGACAUUUCUUCUGACUCACUUUUUAUUUAUUCACUAAGUAAGCCAAGCUCAGAAGGAGAGCAGCAGAUUUCAUUGUGGGAAUGGACAGAAUCAAACGAAGGGGCAUUGGUGACUGUCACAGCCCCGAGUGGAGAGCCACAAACCUUGCUAAGGUGUCACCAUUCCAAUCCCAACAUUUUUUUAACAAAUGGACCAAAGAGCAUUCUCUUUUGGGAACAUGAGGACGCCACUCUAGAGUUCUUCAGCCCUUCUGUCACAAAAAGUGAUUUUGGAUCCGCUUCAAGUGAAUUUGUACAAACGACUUUUGUGGCUGGAACCACUAUGGCUGCUUCUGGUACCACUGACGGAGAGAUUGUUUUGUGGGAAAGAAAAAUUUAUCCUGAUAGAGAGUCAAAGGAAAUAGAGAAAGAGGCCAUGAAAUUUGUCAAAAUACAUCCUGGAUUUAGCGUGAACUUUAUUACAUGCGUUGGUCCUUAUAUUGUGACGGGUGGAAGCGAUGGGUUUGUAAAAUUUUUGGAUCACAAGCUUAGAUUGGAGGCUUGGUUUGAAGAGUUUGAUUUAGGUCCAAUUACUUCAAUUUCUUUUGACAAGAGUAGAGGAAAACAGAGACCAGAUAUUGCAAUGACGGAGGAAGAUCUCGAAAGCAUGGUCAGGAAAAAUGAUGAGUUUUACUGUCCCGAUUUUAUCAUUCAGACACGAUCUGGAUUUUUAGCCAAAGCAACCUCUACAUCAUUCAGCGAUUAUGACGUCGAGGGAAUGAAAGGCCGAAUUUUAGUUAUCAGUCAAAAUGAGUCAAUCCAAACUCUCGCAGGAGAGUAUUUAGCUGUUGGAUGCACGAAUGGCCAUGUGAAAUUCUUUGACGCUGUUCUAUUCACUGAGAUACCGAGCUUGGCCUAUAGACCAUCAAAGGCAUGCAUACAAUCUUUGAAAUUUUCGCACGACUCGCUGUUUUUGGCAUUUUCAGAUUCUGACAAUUGUGUGGGAGUCUUUAAAUUCAUGCCAAAUCCUCAAAAGAAGGGAGCAGGAAAAGACGAAUGGAUUUACAUUGGAAGAUUUAAAUCUCACAAGAAAGCCAUUACUGGACUCGAAUUUGGAGUCGAACCUUAUGGAGACAUUCCACGAUUGAUGUCUGUUUCUGAAGACCGACGACUAAUCGAAUACGAUUUAGAAAAUAGCUCCAUACAAGGAGGUUUAAAGGUAAAGACCAUUCACCGAGUCAGUCAAGACGCCAUUCCAACUGCUUUUCUAUGGACUAGGGAUGAAAAUGUCAUUGAAACCUAUCCCAAUGAAAAGAAGUAUUUUGACGGACUACUCUUUGCCAAUGACCAAUACAAAAUCAUGUCCUUCAUUACACCAUUUGGAAACAGAGACACACGAUGUAACAGAACUAUUUUGAGUCCAACCUAUGGAGGUCCACUCAAUCGACUGCUCCUUGUUCCAAAUAUUCACUACAAGGAUGGAUCAACGUUGCCAGAGUAUCAACCACCCAAACUCGUGGCAUAUUCCACCUUUGAAAAAGUGAUUGGCCUUAUUGCUCUUCCACUCGAUGGAAAUCCAAAACAUCAUAUGGGCUUAAUUGCUCACUCUGGAGAGAUUACUUCUUGUGUGGUCUCUCCCGAUGGAAAAUAUUUAUUUACUGCUGGAGGAAGUGAUUGUAUUGUGAACCAGUGGGAGAUUAAUGGAAAUCCACUCUUUAAAAACAAAGAAAUUGAUGAAGGAAUUGAGCCCUAUGUGAGUUUGAUUGAGGGUGGUGCUCAAGGAGAGUUUUUCCAAGAAGUUCAACAAUACUUUUACUAUGCACAGAUUAGAAGUCAGGGUGAGAUUACUACAAGCGAACGAAAGAUUACAGGAAGCGUUCCUAUUAAUCAAGUACCUGAUUUAGUUCGAUCACUUGGAUUCUAUGCUACUCAAUGGGAAAUUCAGAACAUGAUUAAUGAAUUGAGAGUGAUUAAGGGAGUUGCAGAUCCUUCUGAAACUAAUUCCUCUGUUGACAAGAAGAGAUCUUCGUUGCCUUCUAAAAAGGAGCCUGAAAUUUUCAUUGAUUUUAACACAUUUGUGAAAAUUUAUGUAAAUCAUAGACCAGUAUUUGGCAUCCAAAGAAAAGAUAUCGAAGAAGCAUUCCAAAAGUUAGGUAGUGAGCCAAUCACUGGUUUCAUCAACAAGACAGAGCUUUUCCAAAAAUUGAAAUCUAUGGGCGAAAUAAUGACAGAAAACGAUCUCAAUGACUGCUUGAGCAAAUUGUUGAAAGAAGCGGUGACGGUCGCAUCUCUCGAAGAACGAUUUACAUCGAUCGAGUUUGCAGAAAAGCUUCUUGGCUUUACGGAGGAAAAUGCCUAA